UAGACGCUUGUGUGUAAAUGUUUGGAAAAAAAUUAUUCUGAUAAUAUUAUAGAAUUAAUAACAAUAAAUUUGAUUCGUGUUUUAUUAAAAUAUAUUAAGUUAAAUUUUUUUUCGAAUUAGCUUUGGUAGCAAAUAGCUUUUUUUUAAUUUAACAAAAAAUAUGUGGGCUUACAGUAUUAUUAUGUGUUUAAUUUUUGUUAGUGUGACGUGUGAUAAAAAUGAUUUCUCCACGCAUUCGGAUUCAACGAGCUCUUCAGUAAUACACACACAUAUGAGUCAACUACUUGAAUUAUGUUAUUCAAAUGUGUCAAAUCCGAUCGCAAUGACUCCGAACCUCAUUGACACUGUUUAUCAGAAUCCAUCCAACACCUUGACAGCACCGAUUAUUAUUCUUGACGACGACUUUUUCGCAAAAGAUAUCCAACUUUAUUAUCCAGCUUAUCCGACAUACGUUCUAUCGGUAGAUACUCAAAGGCAAUUGAUCAAUCUUAUGAUAAAAAUAAGGGACUCACCAUUAUGGAAUACUGCAUCAGUGUUUUAUGUCAUCGGUAACACUGACCAAUCAUGCAAAAAUGCGUUACAAAUGACUUACACAUUAUGGCUAUUCCAAUGUUUAUCAUCAUUUGUGAUAUGUCAAGGAAACGACAACAGAACAAUGCUGCAAACUUUAAAUCCAUUCACCCAUCGAGCGCCAUAUCCAUGGGUCGAAGUCAAGAAACUUAAUUGGGGUUUAAGAUCUGCCUUCUACGAACAACCUUUCAUAAAUGAUAAAAUGUUAUGUGAUGUUCUUAACUUCGAUAAGACGCAGUUUUUACACGGUUAUAAAGUCAAAGUAACUACAUUAUCGCCAGUUGACCAAUUUCUACAGAAGUACGUUUUUCCUAGCUUAAACAUAACUCCGAUUAACAUUUAUGGAGGUCAAGCAGAUAAACGUUUAUUGGCUAAUCGUGUUCAUGAUAUUAGUGCGACGCUAUUUUCUCUCAAUUCUGCUGAUAGUAAGUUAUUUGACAUAGUACCGGGAGUUCUCGAAGGUGAAUUUGCUAUAGUAACACAAAAAAGAAGUUUUUUAUCACCGUUUAAUCAAAUUCUUAGUGUAUUUGAUGUUGGAGAUAUUAUCGCAAUAAUUCUCAUUCUCAUACUAUUUAUAAUAGUAAUUAUGUUGAGCAACGAGUAUCAGAUUCUCCCGGCUUUUAUGGAUGUCUUCAAAUUGCUAUUAAGAAUGGGUAUGGAUUCACCUGUUGACCGGCUGUUCAUGAAAAUUAAUCUUUUUACUGCGUUGUUGUUCGUAUUUAUGUUCGGUCCAGCUAUUGACGCACAAUUAUCUGCGAUACUGACUCGCCCGUCAUCUUUUGAGAUAGAAACACUUCAAGACUUGCAUGAUCAUCGAUAUCACAUCUAUUAUCACCCCUCAGUACAUAAAACGAUGAUUAGAACUGAAAUUUGGACGACUGUUGAGGAUAUGAAAUAUUUACAUCCCGUUGACGAAGAACUUCCAGACCGCUGUUUCGAACGAGCUAGUAUGGAUGAUACAGUUGCCUGUAUUUAUCAAAUUCAGUAUGUAGUGACUGGAGUUCUAAAAAAAAAUUUACGAAUUUCAAAAAAUUUCGUAUUUAAAACUAGUUUCGUCCAUUGGACUCGAAAAGACUGGCCCCUCAAAGAUCGGGUUGAUCAGCAAACGUUUAGAGCGAUUGAAUCAGGUUUUAUAGAUAAACAUAUACAUCGUCCUAUUCGGAAUACACUUAAAAAAAUGAAAGCUAAGGAAAGAUUGAAAAAAAUUUUAGACUACGACAAAGUAGACGCGAUAGAUUUAGAAUAUGCUUACAUAUUUUUUGCAUUUAUCCAGCUUCUUGCAAUUGUUAUAUUCGGGAUUGAGUACAUCAUUGCUCGAUGGCUGCGCCCACGACAAUAAAAUAUAAACUUAAAUUUUGGUUGACGAAAAUAUUUACUAACCGAUGCAAUGUAACAAUCACUUAAUAAUUAUAUUGAAUCAAAUCUGAUUCCUCUUUUAAAUUCUAUAGUCACAUUGAAUUUAUUGUAACAAAAUUUAUUUAUCAAUUAAUUGCAAAACGAUUAAAAUAAUCUGGUGUGAUAAUUUUUAAUUAUUAAGAGACACAUUAUCCAAAAACGUGUGUAAAAGCAUUCUUAAAAUCUGUAAUUCACUAAGAAAUGCUCUCUUUCAUGGAAAAAAAAAAGUUGAAAAAUUAAAGUUUCUAUAGUAGGAAAAAACUUCGGGGCAAAAAUCUUCAAACAUUAAGGCAUAAACUGUAAUUUUAGAAAUUUUUCAUUGUAAUAAAAUUAAUACAAUUCUAAGCAGCAAAUUUUCUAGUUUGAAAUGUAAUUUUUAAGUUUAAAACUGUAAUAUUUAUUAUGCCUGGGAUAAAUAUGUAUUUUCUACAGUUUCAGAGUCGCAGCGCUUUACUACUAUACGAAACUGUAAUAAAUACUCAGAUAUGAGCAAUUUUUCCGUGUUUCAAUUAAGUAUAUUGAUUUAAAUGCUGUUUAUAAAUUCUGAUAACUUAAAUUGUAUACAUUUUAUUUAUAUAAUUAUUUUAACAUCAAAUUUUGAGGGAGUUUGAUUCAAUAAAUCAAUAUUAUUCUGAAUCGUGUAUCAUUAACAAUAUAAUAUAUAUUUCCUUAAAGGUAAGUGAGAAAAAUUUUUACAUUUUACUGUUCCGU